GGGAGGAGGAGCGCGACCCCUCGCCCGCCCGGGGUGACAGGGUGACGGCGGCGGCGCGACUGGCCAUGGUGGCCAGAAGUACAGAUAACCUGGAUGGUCCAGGGGAGGGGCCUGUACAGCCCCUACCCCCUUCAGGGGGCUCUAAUGUGAAGGGGAAACCUGGCAAGAGGAUCUCGGCCCCUCGUGGCCCUUUUCCCCGGCUGGCUGACUGUGCCCAUUUCCACUAUGAGAAUGUUGAUUUUGGCCACAUUCAGCUGCUGCUAUCUCCAGAUCGUGAAGGCUCCAAUCUCCCUAGUGAUAAUGAGCUGGUGUUUGGGGUCCAGGUGACCUGUCAGGGCCGGUCCUGGCCUGUUGUCCGAAGCUAUGAGGAUUUCCGCUCCCUGGAUAGCCAUCUUCAUCGCUGCAUCUUUGACCGUCGAUUCUCUCGCCUUCCAGAACUGCCUCCAGCUCCAGAGGGCUCCCGGAACCAGCUGCUGGUGCCACUGCUCCUACAAUAUCUUGAAACCCUCUCUGGACUGGUGGACAGUAACCUCAACUGUGGCCCUGUGCUUACCUGGAUGGAACUGGAUAACCACGGCCGACGGCUCCUGCUCAGUGAGGAGGCCUCCCUGAACAUUCCUGCGGUGGCCGCAGCGCAUGUGGUCAAGCGGUACACGGCCCAGGCCCCAGAUGAACUGUCCUUCGAGGUUGGUGACAUUGUCUCUGUGAUUGACAUGCCACCCACAGAGGACCGAAGCUGGUGGCGUGGGAAACAUGGAUUCCAGGUUGGUUUCUUCCCUAGCGAGUGUGUGGAGCUAUUCACGGAACGACCAGGCCUGGGGGUCAAAGCUGAUCCUGAUGGCCCCACAUCCAGCAUCCCAGCUCCCCUAAGGGAGGGCCCUCCCUCUCUCACGUCAGUGCCCCGGCCCCGAGGAAAGCUCGCAGGCCUCCUCCGUUCUUUCAUUCGCUCCCGCCCAUCUCGUCAGCGGCUAAGGCAGCGGGGCAUCCUUCGGCAGCGUGUCUUUGGCUGUGACCUUGGGGAGCAUCUCAGCAACUCUGGCCAAGAUGUUCCCCAAGUCCUGCGCUGUUGCUCUGAAUUCAUCGAGGCCCAUGGGGUGGUGGAUGGGAUCUAUCGCCUCUCAGGUGUUUCUUCCAACAUCCAGAAACUGAGGCACGAGUUUGACAGUGAGCGGAUCCCAGAGCUGAGUGGACCAGCCUUCCUCCAGGACAUCCACAGUGUCUCUUCCCUUUGCAAACUCUACUUUCGAGAGCUGCCUAACCCCCUGCUCACCUACCAGCUCUAUGGAAAGUUCAGUGAGGCCAUGUCUGUGCCUGGGGAGGAAGAGCGACUGGUUCGGGUUCAUGAUGUCAUACAGCAGCUGCCUCCACCUCAUUACCGGACCCUGGAGUACCUGCUUCGACACCUCUCUCGGAUGGCCCAGCACAGCGCCAACACCAGCAUGCAUGCCAGAAACCUGGCCAUUGUGUGGGCUCCCAACCUGCUUCGGUCAAUGGAGCUGGAGUCAGUAGGACUUGGCGGGGCUGCUGCCUUCCGGGAGGUUCGAGUCCAGUCUGUUGUUGUGGAGUUUCUUCUCAGCCACGUGGAUGUUUUAUUCAGUGACACAUUUGCCUCAGCAGGCUUAGAUCCUGCAGGUCGCUGUCUCCUCUCCAGGCCCAAAUCCCUUGUGGGCAGUGGACCCUCCACUCGCCUCCUCUCCCUAGAGGAGGCUCAGGCUCGGUCACAGGGUCGGCUGUCUGAGCAAGGGGCCAAGGCUCCUACUUCACCUGAAGACCAGAGGAAGGGGAUCAUUGGAGAGAAGCGUAGGAAACCAGGUGGCAGCAGCUGGAAGACCUUCUUCGCCCUGGGCAGAGGCCCCUCCUCGGUCCGAAAGAAGCCCCUGCCCUGGCGUGGAGCUGGCCAAGGGUCCCAGCCACCCCCAGGUGGCCCAGUGGAAACAGCCCCACUGAGAUCAGCCAAGAGCGAGGAGUCACUGUCAUCCCAGGCCAGCGGAGCUGGCCUACACAGGCUCCAUCGACUGCGCCGGCCCCGUUCCAGCAGUGAUGCUUUCCCUGUGGCUCCUGGCCUGGCCGGCUCCUGUGAGAGCCUGUCCUCUACCACGUCGUCAUCGUCAUCCUCCGGCAGCACCUCGUCUGUGGGCAGUGGGGAGCUGGUGGGCUCUCCCCCACACCGAGUUUCGGCCUGGCUGGACGAUGGCGAUGACCUGGACUUUAGUCCCCCAAGAUGCCUGGAGGGCCUGAGAGGCCUUGACUUUGAUCCUCUCACUUUUCGCUGCAGCAGCCCUACCCCUGGGGACCCUGCCCCUCCUGCCAGUCCUGCCCCCCCAGCCUCUGCUGGCUCUUUCAUCCAUAAAGCUACCCCCCCUACUCGUUCUCCUCGAGGCCCAGCAAGCCCUGCCCCACCCACAGCCCUGGAUAUCUCUGAGCCUGUGGCUGUUUCUGUGCCCCCUGCUGUGCUGGAGCUUCUGGGGGGUGCUACCCCUGCCACCCCAUCCCCUCCACCUGCCACUCCCGCUCCCCAGCUCAUACCCCUACUGCUGCGCAGCGCUGAGACUGAGCUGAGUGACAGCUGCCAGAGGGAAAUCCGGAGUAAAUUGUCCUUAAGCAGCCAGAGAGACCUACAAGGGUCACUAAGUCCCGUGCCUGGGUUUGAGUCCCCACCUCUGCCUGUGCCCUUGUCUCUCCUUCGCCCCGGAGGGGCCCCUCCUCCACCUCCCAAGAAUCCAGCCCGCCUGAUGGCCCUGGCUUUGGCUGAGCGGGCUCAGAGGGCAGCACAGCGUCAGCGCCAGCAGGAGAUGGGGGGCACAGCCCCACCCCUACCUCGCUCCCCCUUCCGACGUUCCUUGUCCCUGGAAGGGGGUGGGGAAAGUCCAGGGGCUGGAGGCCCUGGGCCCCUCUACUCCAUAGUGAGCUCCAGCCACCAAGCCCCAGGUCCACCAGCCUCCUUGCAGCGGCAGCAGAGUGAUGGCGGCCUGUUGCGCGCACACAUUCCUGGUCCCCCACGGAGGGAACGAAGAGGUCCCGCACAGGCGCCCACCUCCUUUUUCUCCUCUGCUGUGACUUCUUCCAACCCCAAGGAGCGCCCCUCACCCUUCUCUGGCCCCCCCAAGCCUCCUCUUCACUCUCUGGGUACUCCUCCCUUCCGGCCUGGUCCCCAGCCCGCUACCCGGAGGACCCCACGUGGUCCCACACUGCCCCCUGACAAGGGGGAAAACUUGUACUAUGAAAUCAGUGGGGGUGACGGGCCUCCCUACCCAGGCCUGCCUAGGCCCUGGGCUCCUUUCCACCAGGCCCCCGAGGGGCUCAAUGCUUCCUAUGGGAUUCGGGAACAGUCACCACCCCAGGGACCCCCUGACUUCCUCUUCUGCUACCCACCACCCCCAUCUCACCCAUACCCCCCAGCACUGCAGCCUUUUCCCCAACAUAGCCGCCUCUGCUACCACCCCCAAGAAUCCCGGCGACGCCCAGCCCAUCUGGAACCUGUCUAUGUCAACUUGCCCCUCGGUGGGGGUGGACCCUCCCCUACUUCCUCCUCUUGUUCUUCCUCCCCUCCUGCCCACCCCCGAAGUCGCUCUGACCCUGGUCCCCCGGCCCCUCGACUCCCCAACAAGCAGCGCUCACCUUGGGGGCCCCGGCCUCCUCGACCCUGGGGGCCUCCAGAUCCUCUCCUGCUCUAUCGGACACCCACCCAGGCCUGUGGGAAAGGAGGCGGGGAGGGUCCUCAUGGGGUUCAGUAUGGAAAUGUGGGGGAUGGACAUGGAGAGGGGGCUGGCCCCCCACCCUCCUACCUGCCCCCCCCAAGCUGGUCCCUCCAUGCCAAGGGCCAGACUCACAGCUACUGCUGAGGCUGGAGGGCAUGUCUCCUGACCUUUUUUUGUAAAAUGUCUCCCUCUGUUGGUGAAUGGGAGUCCUAGCUGGUUGUGCCUGCUGAUGAUGACCAAGGUCCCACAGAUGGACCUACUGCCAUCACUGGCCCUGGGGCCCCAAUUCAAUGAUCCAGUUUGUAAUUUUUCCCAAUUCCUCAAGUUUCUAACUUUGUAAACUGGUUCCAAUGUGAUCUCAUAACGUAUAACUGUAGUUUCUCUGCCCUGCCCACAAAGAACUUUUUACAUGUCUAGGGUUUCUUGCACUAAUACGGGGGAGACGGAAGAUGAAAACUCUUCCAUCUCCCCCAACCCCCAGGAUCCCCCAGCAUGUCCUGUCCCCCUCCCCUCUUGUCAUUGCCCUGUAUGUGCAGCUAUGAAUGUGUACCCAGACGAAGGGCAUUGAGGUGUGUGUGUGUGUGUGUGUGUGUGCGCGCGUGCCCAGGUAUGCAUGUCCGAGUGCGUGUGUCCCUGAUGAGCCCCAAUCCUGUGUACUAAACAUUUAAAAACAAAUUUUAACAUUAACAGAAAUAAAAGUAAAGAUGACCUGUGAA